UUUUAUAAAUUAUUAAAAUGCUAGAUGAGAACUGUAAAUCUUCUCGGGUGGUACAUUUUUAUUCCAUCCGGAGAAAUUUUCUCCUUUCACGAUUUGCAGCUUAUUGAUUUAUUCACCCAAAGAAAAUUAAGCAUGCUUUUGAAUAAGAUUUGCUCUAUUUGCCAUUAACUUUAGCAAACUAAUGAAAAAGCAAAAAAAAUCAUGUAAAAUUUAUGUAAAUUUGAUGAGAGAAGUUACACGCCAACUCGUAAAAUAUUACUGGUGUGUAUUAUAAACACAAUCAUGGCUAUUAUUAAUUGGCGGUUUCAAUGGAGAGGAAUAUCUCCGAAUAUAAAAAAGUACAUAAUAUGGAAGUUAGCUCAGAUAAGGUUGACAAUACAGUCUCUAACAUACAAUGAACAUAUGAGCCAAAGUUAUGUGAUUGACUGUUUACUAGAGCCAAUAUUUUGGAUAGUAGACAACUUUGCUGGUAAUCUAGGACAAGUGUUUGUAUUCUGUGUAAGUGUAUUGACAGCAGCUGUUGUCUUUAUUGCAUAUUGGAUUGGUUUGCCAUUUUGGUGGCAACGGGAUCCUUAUACUACAAUUUUUCUAGUACUAAUGGGUAAUUGGCUAUUACUUAACAUAAUAUUUCAUUAUUAUAAAGGAGUUACUACUUCCCCUGGUUAUCCCCCUCAUGGCACAAUGAUAUCCGAAGCGGCUAGUAUUUGUAAGAAAUGUAUAUCACCGAAGCCGCCACGUACCCACCACUGCUCCGUUUGUGACCGAUGCAUCCUUGCAAUGGACCACCACUGUCCUUGGCUUAACAACUGUGUUGGGUAUUACAAUGCUCGACAUUUCUUUCUAUAUAUGGUGUACAUGGUUGCUGGAGUAUCUUUUGUAAUAAUAUUUGGUUUUGAAAUCGGAUUCCAAGUACUAUGGUUGUAUGAUCCAAGUGCUAACAUCCCACAUAAUGAUCCCGAUUUAAUUGGUCAUCCGGUCCGGAUCAAUCAAACGGGUGCUUUGAUACCCAUCAAAGACAUUGUAGAGUAUGAUUCCGUUAACUUCCCAAGGGAACACAACCUACCUGUACCUAUUACAUCAGAAUUACAGCUUAUUAGUAGUGAUCCAUGGAAACGGAAAGCGGUUAUAUUUAUGGCAGUAACUUGUUUGUCGGUAUUUUUUGCAUUAGGUACUUUGGUUAUAUGGCAUGGUAAGAAUAUAAGUCGAGGAGAGACAAGCAUUGAAAGCCAUAUAAAUGCAAAAUUACGGAAGACACCCAGAAACGUUUAUAGAAACCCGUAUAACUUUGGUAGAAGAAAGAAUUGGAAAUUAUUUCUUGGGUUGAUUCAAGGUAGAACUUUUAUUAGGCAUAUUUUAUUACCUUCUGGUCACAAACCAUCUGGCACUGGAUUAACAUGGCAUACCAUACAUAAUGUUAUGGAAGACUGGCCGUAGAAGUUUUAUAGAAUUUAUU